UUGAGUGGCGGGAGCCUUUAAGUUUUCGUUCCUACGCAACUAGGAAACCGACGUGAUGUUGUUCUAGCUCCCCGCGUGUAUCGGUCUUUCAUCAACCGGUUUCUCUAAUUUUUGACCGCCUGUUGGGGGAACGAACCAAACGGCCAGGUCCAACAGAAGCCGCGCCAUUUCACCGGAGUUGGGUUGGCGGCAAAGGCAAGACACCGAGCCACGCGUCGGCGGAAGGUGGCGGUGGUGGUGGUAGUGGUUUCCAGGAGGGGAAGGUUGUCAUCCGCCGGAGGAGGAGCUUCCCGGCGAACGAUCGCUGUCGACGUCUUGCCGGGUUCCGGGGUUCUUCUUGGUGAUGAGGUCUUCUGUUCCCAAUUGAGAAGCCUCUGAUUGGAGAGAGCACAGAGCCCUUGAUUUGGCCUUUGCGACUUUCCUCUUCCUUCCCCUCCGUUGGUGCGAGAAGACGGAGGAGCGAGGAGGAGGGGAGGGAAGGGGUGUGAAGCGGGAGGGAUGUGGGUCUUCUACCUCAUAUCGCUGCCCCUAACCCUGGGGUUGGUUUCCGUAACGCUCAGGUAUUUCGCAGGGCCAGACGUCCCUCGUUACGUCCUCUUCACUGUCGGCUACGCCUGGUUCUGCUCCCUUUCCAUCAUCAUCCUCGUCCCUGCCGACAUCUGGACGACAAUUAUUGGCCAUGACAAGGGAGGUAUCGCAUUUUUCUGGGCCUGGUCAUAUUGGAGUACGUUUGCCCUUACUUGGGCUGUGGUGCCCACUAUCCAGGGUUAUGAAGAUGCUGGUGAUUUUACAGUGACGGAGAGGCUAAAGACCAGUGUACAUGGGAACCUUGUCUUUUAUGUUACUGUUGGUUCCAUUGGCCUUUUUGGAGUUAUUCUACUCAUAAUCAUGCACAAACACUGGAGCGGGGGGGUUGUUGGAUUGGCCAUGGCAUGUUCCAAUACAUUUGGGCUUGUUACUGGUGCCUUUCUUUUGGGAUUUGGCUUAAGCGAGAUACCAAAGAGCAUUUGGAGGAAUGCAGAUUGGGGAACCCGACAGAAAAUUCUCUCUCAUCGAGUUGCUAAAAUGGCUGUGAAUCUUGACAAUGCUCAUCAAGAUUUGUCUAAUGCAAUUGUGAUUGCUCAAGCAACGUCAAAUCAGAUGUCUAAGCGUGAUCCAUUGAGGCCCUAUAUGGAUGUUAUUGAUGAUAUGCUGCUUCAAAUGUUUAGAGAAGACCCUACUUUCAAACCAACUGGUGGCAGAUUAGGGGAAAAUGACAUGGACUACGAUGCAGAUGAAAAGUCAAUGGCUACACUUAGAAGACAACUUAGAAGAGCUCGGGAGGAAUACUAUCGGUAUAGAAGUGAAUACAUGACCUAUGUCAUGGAGGCCUUAGAAUUGGAAGACACUAUAAAAAGUUAUGAACGUGGUAGUGCAUCUGGAUGGAAAUAUGUUUCAAGUUUUAGAUCUGCUCGCACAGGCAGUACUGGAGAAUUCUUGGAUACGAUAGAGUGGAUUUGGCGAUGUGUACUCACGAAGCAGCUUGAGAAGUUAUUGGCUGUCCUGCUUGGAUGUAUCUCAGCUGCCAUCCUUCUUGCAGAGGCUACACUCCUUCCAAGUGUCGACCUAUCUCUUUUCUCCAUUCUGAUCAAAGCAGUUGGAAAGCAAGAGAUGCUUGUGCAGGUUGCUGCACUUGUUCCUUUAUUCUACAUGUGCAUUUGUACAUAUUACUCCUUAUUCAAGAUUGGGAUGUUGAUGUUCUAUUCAUUGACUCCAAGGCAAACAAGCUCGGUGAGCUUGCUUAUGAUUUGUUCGAUGGUUGCUCGUUAUGCCCCUCCAAUAUCUUACAAUUUUUUAAAUCUCAUCCGGCUUCAUGGAGAUGCCAAAACUACCUUUGAAAAGCGAAUGGGAAAUAUUGAUGAUGCUGUUCCAUUCUUUGGGCGGGGAUUUAACAGAAUUUACCCUCUAAUCAUGGUUGUUUACACGCUGUUGGUGGCAAGCAAUUUUUUUGAUAAAGUAAUCAACUUUUUUGGUAGCUGGAAGAGGCUCAGAUUUCAGAAUGACACAGAAGACAUGGAUGGUUUUGAUCCAUCAGGAGUCAUCAUCUUGCAGAAAGAGCGAUCCUGGCUUGAGAAAGGGUCCAAUGUCGGUGAGCAUGUCAUUCCAUUGGCUAGGAACUUCAAUGAUGUAAGCGCAGAUGCAGAAUCUGGUAACUUGCCCAUGAUACCUGUGAAAAAUGUGAAUGGUGUUGCAGAGAACGACCCUUUUGAAUUGAAAUCAGUGGGAGCUGGUUUAUCCAGGGAUGACCGGAAAGGGUUUCAAGCUGUCAGUAAUGGUGAUCGGAGAUAUGAAAAUGGUCGAGAAAGCAUAAUGAGCAAUUAUGGUUUCAAAGAUCAGCAGGGAAGGCAGCCUAAGCCUUCUGCUUCAGCCUCUCUGCAGGAAGCAGGAAACCUCAAAAGUGGACCUAAUUUGAGAGAUUCGAUGAUCAGUCCAUCUGGAUUGGCAAACACAUGGACAUCGAUGAAGACUAAUUUCCAGAAUUUCAGGGCAAAUUUAGGGGCCAAGAGAUUCUUGCCACUCCGCCAAACCCAGGAAAAUAUGCCAAAUUCUGGUUCCAAGACGGAAUCUCUGGACGAGAUUUUUGAAAGAUUGAAAAAACACCCUGAGAGGGGCAGGGACGAUGACUUCUGUUACGAUGACUGACAUGGAAACGGGGAAGCCCUGGGCUUCCAACCUAAGAUCGUCAAAUGCUCAAGAAAAAUGAGAACGAAAUAUAUGAAACGGGAUUUUGUUCCACCCCACUGUAUAUCCGGAACUUCAGUUGAAAGUCAACUUCGCCAGAUUGAUCCUGAAGACGGAACUAGUUAAAAUAUACAACAUUCGCCCUAGCCAAGAGAGUCAAGAACACAGACGUGAUGCGAGGUAUUGAUGACAGUAGUCUCUCUCACAUCACAUUAGCAAAGGGUGCUUAAUACCGUUUUGUAAUUUUUCUUUGUACAGAUACUGUUUUGCAUUAGCAAAACUGUUACGGGUGUCUAAGGGUUUUGGUCGACGUCGUUUGACUUUGUAUUCUGAUAGUCGUUGCAAUGUAUACUCACACGUAAAUCACUCAAGGACUUACGAUGUGCAAAGCGCACACAGUUCCUCCAUUGAUGGUCGAAGUGGAAGUCUUGUUCCUUGCAUGAGAUCGAGACUUGCACUGUUUGGCAAUCAAUAUGUAUAAGUUACUUGAUUGUCUAUAUAAACAAGUAUGCAUCUUGGCGUUAUUCUUA